AUGAUGCGGCAGGCGGACGUACCCAUGGACGAUAGCGUGCGCCAGAUCCAGCGCUUCUGGAACGGCUUUGCCGAGGUGUACACGGCCGAAGCCAACAAGACGCUGACGAUCCAAGGCUCGCGCAUCCUGCACGCCCACAUGGUCCUCGAUACGGUGACGCCGCACCUGCGACAACAUGUCUUUGACUCGUUCCGUCUCUUGCGCCUCGUCUCCCUCGCCUCGUCCCCGUUCUGA